AUGUCGGGAAAAGACGACGCGGAGGAUCACCGUCGCUACACAACUCCGUAUAGCGCUCGGCAUCCCAUUCCUACCGUCUCCAGAUAUCGGGAAGAGAGAGCUGCCCGCCAGGAUGCAGCCUCAACAAAAGUCGAUGGGACUUCAGAUGAUCCAAGUUCAAACGACUACCAAUUACAGCAGAAAUCUAGGGAAGAUGCCGGGUCCAACCUAGAAUCAGAGAGAACUGAGAAGGGCAAUGAAAAUGACAAUGAAAAGAGCGAGAAGAACGAAAACAAGGGAGAUGGAAACGAAAAUGGAAAUGGCGAAGAAAUGACCGAUACCUCACAAAUUGGUCCCUCAUCAUCAGAUCCCAAACAAAGGAGAAAAGAACUCAAGAAGAGCAACCGAGAGAGAGCCGAGCGUGAAGUCACGGAUCCUAUUACCCAUCUCCCUGUCACUAUUCAUGACUUCACAGAUGAAGCCCUUGAAGAAGUAGACCGUAAUGAGCCUCCCUUUGGUACGACACAACGAACAGCAACCGGAGGAGAAAAUAAGAGCAAAUCGGAAGAUCAGCUACGCGAAGAGCAAAAGGAAAUCCAACAAAGUCAUGAUGCCAUGGGCGAGUUAUUUCCACCGCCAGAUUUCGAUGCUCUUCGUAUUGAGCUUGCAGCCAUUAGCAAGCGUGGUAUCACGGUCGGGCUUGCUGGUGUUGCAGUCAUCGUUACUUGCGCGUUUGGGUUCGAAAGACUCUUACGCGAAGGUAUAUUGCAAAGCGAAAAGGCCAAGUCAUGGUUUGUGGGCGGCACCCUCUGGCUGGUAUUGGCCGCAGCCAGCGCCGGUGCUGUCUGGUUUCUUGUUGAAUUCGUUCGAGAAUGGAUGUCCAACAAGGUUAACAACAUAUUUGAAGACGAGGUGUGGGAUGCCCAUCGACGAGGCGUCGUGAAGGCAUCCAAAAAGAACGAGACCGAGACAACCGUAUGGCUCAACUCCUUGAUCGGCUCCGUUUGGCCUCUUAUCAACCCCGAUCUAUUUGCCAGUCUUGCAGACACCUUAGAAGAUGUGAUGCAAGCCUCGCUCCCGAGGUUUAUUCGCAUGGUCAGUGUGGAGGAUAUCGGCCAAGGGAGCGAGUCUCUCCGUAUUCUCGGUGUACGAUGGCUUCCAACUGGAGCUGCAGCUAGAGCCGUUAAUGAGGACGGGCAGCUCAUGUCACGGGAGCAGAGUGAGAAUGAUACCGAAGAGAAGGACGGCGAGAACAGCGAUAGCAGUGAAAACCUGCAGGAUGGCAUGGAGGCCGAAGAAGGAGACUUUAUCAACCUUGAGAUCGCAUUCGCUUACCGCACUCGAUCGUCUUCCAAGUCGCUCAAGGAGCGAACUAAGGACAUGCACUUAUAUCUUGCCUUUUAUCUCCCCGGAAACAUCAAAAUUCCUGUGUGGGUAGACCUGCAAGGUAUUAUUGGUACAAUGCGCGUGCGCCUUCAGCUUACUCCAGACCCUCCCUUCUUCGCUCUAUGCACUCUCACCUUUCUCGGACAGCCAAAGGUCAACGUGAGUUGCGUACCUUUGAGUAAGCAUGCCAUCAACAUCAUGGAUGUGCCUUUUAUCAGCAACUUUGUUCAAUCUGCCGUUGACGCAGCCAUGGCUGAGUAUGUCGCACCAAAGAGUCUCACUCUCGAUUUGAAGGAUAUGCUUGCUGGUGAUGAUUUCAAGAAGGACACCAAUGCGGUGGGUGUGUUGGUGGUUAACAUCAAACGCGGCUACGACUUCAAGGUGGGCGACACUGGCAUUCCACUUGUCAAAGACGGUAGCUCCGAUGGCUACGUCUCGGUCGGCUGGGCCAAAUUCGGUAAAGUGAUGUGGACAACACGGGUGUUGCAGGGUGAAAUGGAACCUGUAUGGGACGAGACUUGCUUCAUACUGGUGACACCGCAGGAGCUCAACAUUGACGAACGUCUGCGUGUCCAGCUAUGGGAUUCUGACAGACUAACCGCAGAUGACGAUCUUGGAAGAAUCGAAGUCCCAAUCAAGGAAUUGAUGAAAGAUGACAAGUCUAAUGGAAAGAUGUCGCAACGACAAGAUAGCUUCAGAGCUUUGAAGUCGGGUGAUAGCAUGCCUGGAAAGCUAGAAUGGAGCGUUGGCUACUUUUCGAAGACCAGGAUUCAGCAAUGCCAGUUCGAGAAGCAAACGCACGAUCCCGAGAUCCGCACCAUGGAUCAGCUCAAGGACAAGACUAGAGAGUCAAGCGAGAACAAACUCCGUGAGACUAUGUACAAGGAAGGCGGGAAGGAGCGCGACGCCGACGAACUUGAACAACAGGCUAGUCAAGAGCUUAAGGAGGAACAAGACGCCAUGAUUAUCUCAGCACCUCCCCCCGAUGGCUACCCCAGCGGCGUGCUUAGUAUUCAGAUCCACAAUAUUGUAGGUCUUGAGCUGGAGCGCCUCAACAAGCGCAAGGCUUCCAAUGACGCUGAGGCGACUGACGAAGAGGAUUCUGGCGAAGGUCUGCCAAGCGCAUACUGCACCAUUAUCCUCAAUCAUCGGAAGACUUUCAAGACAAGGACAAAGCCUCAAAACGCCAAACCUUUCUACAACGCUGGCUGUGAGAGAUUUAUCCGCAAUUGGCAUGAAGCAGAGGUGUUUAUUGCAGUCCGUGAUGCUCGUGUGAAAGAGGAUGAUCCCCUAUUAGGCAUCAUCCAUCUGCCACUUUCAGAUGUAUUCCGCGAGCGUUCGCAAGUCAUGAGCUUCUGGCCUCUGACUGGUGGCAUUGGUUACGGACGUGUUCGUAUCUCCAUGGUCUUCCGCAGUCUCCAGCUUCAAGCCCCACGGAACCUCUUAGGUUGGCAGUAUGGUACUGUUGAGGUGAAACCUACUGUCACAGUCCUAGACUGUCCUCCUGAUCUUCGCUCAUCGAAGCUCAAGUUCCGAACUAGUAUCAGUAGUGCAAAGAUGUACACUGAGGAUGGUGGAAAUGAAGGAACAGCAACUUGGAAAUCGAAGCGAGGCAAAUCACUUGCUUUGGCUGUUGCGUCGAGAUACAGUAGCUGCAUGUCUAUUGCUUUUCGGAACAAAGGUCUCUUAGGAGAGGAUACUGUUGCAUUUGCUGUCCUCUGGCUCAAGGAUAUUGUCGACGAGAAGCAGACGGAGUUGGAGCUGCCAAUCUGGAAGGGUGACUUCAAGCGUGCUAUAUCUUGCAGUUUGGAAGAAUGUGGCGAGAGAGUCGGCACUAUCAAGCUCAAGCUCACAUUUUGGUCCGGUUUGGGAGGUGCCCAUUCUCGUUGGGCAAGUCGCGACGAGCACCUGCAAAACGUCGUCGAAGUUAUCGAGACUGCCCGCGACAAUCUCGAGCUGGGUCGUCAGGCAAAGGAUGCUGGUAUUGUGGACUCUGAUGAUGACGAUUCAGAUCGAGAUCGUCGUCCGGGUUCGCUAGACAGCGAUUCAGACUCUGGCUCCAGCUCAGAUACAGAAGAUGACGACGAGGGACAAAUAUCUAGUGUUCCGGAUGGUAGUGCCGCACAAAAACAAGGCCCCAUAGACAAGGUUCGGGAUUAUCGCCGCCGAGACAAACGUCUGCAUCGUCAGCAUCGGGGUCUAAUGCAAUGGAAGAUCCCCCGCACGGCCAAGUGGAUCAAGAACAAAAUAAACCACGUUGGAGACAAAGCCUCUAACGUCUUUGACCACUCCUCCAAGCAGCCCGGCAUCGAGACCGAGGUCUAA